GCUUACGUGAUUGGUGGAGUUGCUGCCUCCGCCAUUUUGCUUUCUUCCCGAAUCUUCCAGCUCCUAGACUACAUGCGGACAAGAUGCUCGGCCAGCAAGUGCUCGUUUUGAACCAGAACAUAAAGCGGGAGUCGGGUCGGAAGGUCCAGGUCGGCAACAUCACCGCCGCAAAGGCCAUCGCUGAUGUCAUCCGGACCUGUCUGGGCCCACGGGCCAUGAUGAAGAUGCUGUUGGAUCCUACUGGAGGAAUCGUCAUGACCAACGAUGGAAACGCCAUUCUGCGUGAGAUCCAGGUGCAGCAUCCUGCUGCCAAGUCCAUGAUUGAAAUCAGUCGCACACAGGACGAGGAAGUCGGCGAUGGAACCACAUCAGUCAUCAUCCUGGCGGGGGAGAUGUUGUCCGCCGCAGAACAGUUCCUGGAGCAGCAGAUGCAUCCCACAGUCAUCAUCGGCGCCUACAGACAAGCACUGGACGACAUGCUGGAGACGCUGACUGAGAUCAGCACUCCUCUGGACCCCUCAGACCGGCCCCGCAUGCUGCAGAUCAUCCACUCGGCCAUCAACACCAAAGCUCUGAGCCGCUGGUCUGAGCUGGCCUGCAGCAUCGCGCUGGACGCUGUCAUGACCGUCACGCAGGACCGACACGGCCGCCGGGAGAUCGACAUCAAGAACUACGCCAAAGUGGAGAAGGUUCCUGGGGGCAUCAUGGAGGACUCCAGAGUCCUGAGCGGCGUCAUGGUCAACAAGGAUGUGACCCACUCCAAGAUGAAGCGCCUGAUCAAGAACCCCAGAAUCAUCCUGCUGGACUGCUCCCUGGAGUACAAGAAGGGCGAGAGCCAGACGGACAUAGAGAUCAGCAAGGAGGAGGACUUCUCCCGCAUCCUGCAGAUGGAAGAGGACUACAUCCAGCAGAUCUGCGAGGACGUGAUCCGCCUCAAGCCUGACGUGGUCUUCACUGAGAAGGGCAUCUCUGACCUGGCACAGCACUAUCUGGUGAAGGCAAACAUCACCGCCAUCCGGCGUAUCAGGAAGACUGACUGCAACCGCAUCGCCAGGGCUUGUGGCGCUCGCAUCGUCAGCCGCACGGACGAGCUCCAGGAGGAGGACGUGGGCACCGGAGCUGGCCUGUUCGAGGUGAAGAAGAUCGGCGACGAGUAUUUCACCUUCGUGACCGAGUGCAAAGACCCCAAAGCUUGUACCAUCCUGCUGCGCGGGGCCAGCAAAGAGAUCCUGGCGGAAGUGGAGCGAAACCUGCAGGAUGCCAUGCAGGUCUGCCGCAACGUGCUGCUGGAGCCCCGCCUGCUGCCUGGAGGGGGCGCCACCGAGAUGGCCGUGUCCAAGAGGCUGAUGGAGCGAUCCUGCGCGCUGAAAGGAAUAGAACAGUGGCCGUACCGAGCCGUGGCCCAGGCCCUGGAGGUCAUCCCCAGAACCCUGAUUCAAAACUGCGGAGCCUCCAUCAUCCGGGUGCUGACGUCACUGCGGGCCAAACACGCUCAGGACGACGGCCUGAACUGGGGUGUGGAGGGUGAGACGGGCACUCUGGUCGACACGUCCGUGGCUGGAAUAUUCGACCCCCUGGCUGUCAAGGUCCAGACCUACAAGACCGCUGUGGAGACGGCCAUCUUGCUGCUGCGCAUCGAUGACAUCAUCUCCGGUCACAAGAAGGACAAAGGUCAGCAGACCGGCGGAGACGAGUAGAACCAAUAAAAUAUUGUUCACCACG